GCAGCGAAAGUCAUUGAUCCCGCCACGCUCCCCGAGGGCCGACGCCGAGUCGACGCCAUGGCUGAGCUCGCGGAGGCGGAGGCAGAGUGGGGCGCGUCGCCGGUACAGCUGGUGCGGCCGCUCGUGCUCGCAGUGUGCGCCGCGCCCGUCGCCGGCGCCGCCGCUCUUGCGCAUUGCGCGCUCCUAGCCGCUCUGCUCAAGCGAUCAACAAAUGGUCUGUUUUACAUACUUAUACAAUUAGCCAUGGCCGAUUUAUUACUGCUGGGAACAACCAUCGCACCAGAGCUAUGGUCUUACAAUGCAGGAACGUGGCAAUUUGGUAGAAGUGCGUGUAUUGCCUACCGCGGGCUUAAUGUAUUCGCAACGACGGCAUCUUUAUAUUUAAUCACUACAAUAGCCCUCCAUUCUUUGGCAACAGCAAGUUUAGAAGAAAAAGAAGCUCGUAAAACCUCCGGCAAAAGAGAUGAUCUCGAUGAAGACGACGAAAUUAGAUCGUCGAGACACAGCCUGGUCACUAGUGAUACGUCAACGCCGCCUCGUACGAUGAACGUUGAUUACCGCCUUACUAAUACCAAAAUACGGAUUGCACCUCCUGUACUUUUCGUUUGGGUUUUAUCUGCAUCGCUGAGCGUGCCGGAUUUUGUUUUGGCAACUACUGUCCAUCUAGAUCAUAAUGUGGUGCUAUGUACGCUUGUGGACACGAGUCAUAGACUUAAUAUGCACUCAUUACUAGCCAUUUUCAACUUGUUCCUACCCAUUAUUAUAAUGAGCGCUGCCGCAAUUUUAAUAUUGAUUAAACUGAAGUCCAAGAAAGGUCACUCACAGUUCGAUGAAACGUUUCCUGCAUUAAAAUUAUCAUUGUGUUUAAUUUGUACUUAUGUUGUCCUUUGUGCACCACGUUCUAUCGUUACGGUCUACAGUUUGUACUCGACAUCGACAGUGGAGAAUGAAUACGCAGUGGAGCAACCCGGUUACGUACUAACGUUGGUGAACUUAGUAAGUGUCUGCUUAUACCUAGUGGCGAAUGCUGUACGACCUCUUCUUUGUAUAAUUCUUCUUCCGAAGUUAAGAAAAGUGUUCUUUUCCGGUUUGAGAAACUCUAAUGUUGAUAUUUAAUAGAAUAAGACUGUGAUACCACGAUAGUAUUUCUAAUGCAUUUGUCAAUUUUACAUGUAAGAAUAAAGUUUUAUUUUUUUA